CCGGAAGCGGCGGGGCGGCGGGCGGAAGCGGGGCCGGAAGCGGGGCCGGGCGGGCGGUGGUGCCGCCGCCGUCGGUGCCGGCGAUGCUGUCGCUGGAUUUUCUGGACGAUGUGCGGCGCAUGAACAAGCGGCAGCUGUACUACCAGGUGCUGAACUUCGGCAUGAUCGUCUCCUCCGCCCUCAUGAUCUGGAAGGGGCUGAUGGUGGUGACGGGCAGCGAGAGCCCCAUCGUGGUAGUGCUGAGUGGAAGCAUGGAGCCUGCCUUUCACAGAGGAGAUCUCCUGUUCCUCACGAACCGAAUUGAAGAUCCAAUCAGAGUGGGAGAAAUCGUGGUCUUUAGGAUAGAAGGAAGGGAGAUUCCUAUAGUCCAUCGCGUCCUGAAAAUUCAUGAGAAGCAAAACGGUGACAUCAAAUUUUUGACAAAGGGAGACAAUAACGCCGUUGAUGACAGAGGGCUGUACAAACGAGGCCAGCACUGGUUGGAGAAAAAGGACGUAGUGGGACGAGCGAGAGGAUUUGUGCCCUAUAUUGGAAUAGUGACUAUCUUAAUGAAUGAUUAUCCAAAAUUUAAGUAUGCAGUCCUCUUUUUACUGGGUUUAUUUGUGCUGGUCCAUCGAGAGUAGCCUCUUGCACUGAAGUAUGAGGUGAAGGUGCCAUGGAUUUUUUUAGAUGAACGUUUUAAGUAGAUGAUGGUCCAAUGUGCCAGGAGGAAGAAGAAAACAUGCAUUUCAAAGCUUCUUGCCAGUUUGGGUUUGUUUUGUUUUUUACUGCGUAAGGGUGAAUGUUUGUCACGGUAUUUCCAAUGGUUUGUCACAUUUUAGCAUUUUUAGUGAGUUUUUAUAUUAAAAAUUUAAGCCAAACUGUUCAGUGUUUCUACUUUGAAGCUGAGCUUCCUCUCGAAGUGCCUAAAGGACUGUUUCCUCUAAGUCUGUGCCUCCGCUGGGCAAGCGUGACCUCUCCCUGUGCUGACUGAACUGUCAAACGGUGAGCUGUGGAGGUGAUGUUUUUUCCAAUUCGGAACUGGAAUAAAGAUUUUGCAUCUCGCCCGGUAUGAGCCCUGCCACGUUCUUCGUUACUGCCUGGCUGAGUGCAGCCUCAUUGCCCUGGGGUGUCCCUGGGCUUUGCCGUUGCAGACUGACUCCUAGAGCCCAGCAAGUGAACUGGUCUUCUCUUACAGAACGACUGCAGCUGCCCUUCUCGUUUCCUUUUGGAGAGUAAGCAGUCCUGAGCUGUAGAUCCAUUCACCGUUUCUGUAAAUCGUGCUGAAAUAAUCUUAAAGACUGCAGGGUGUUCUGGGCAGAGGAUUACUUCGUGCAUAAGCUGUCAGUGCAGGACUAGGUAACAGAAGAAUUGAGAAGGGAAAUAGCCAUAGCUGUUUGGCAGGGAUGAGUUGUUAGGAUGCAAUAGUAAAAUUUAGUUUUGGAAAUGUAUUAUAGGUUUCUAAUGAUCCCUGCAGCUGGUCACAUCUUACAGCUCACCUGAAAGCUACGGAAAGGCUGAGCCCCCACUGCCCUGAGGUCUGAAAGAAGAAACCACUUGUCACCAUGUGCAAUAGCCUUUUUUCUAGGCUUCUCAUUCAGGAUAGUGAUCCCGCUUGUGGAGGUGUGUCACAGGAGAGCCCAAGGAAGAGGAACAGGGCAGAGGCUCUGCAGCUAUUGGCAUCUAUAUAAAUUUGUGCCACCUGCACUGAGUGAGUGAUGAUUAUAAAUCGCCUCCGUGGUGUCUGUACUGACUCACGAAACCGUUUUACCUCCCCUUCGCUAGGGCGGAUCUUCACAAGAGCGGGCAGCGGGAGCACGCUGCCGUGGCUACCUCUGGCCGAGGCUGCCUGACCCCUCUCCUGCAGUUUGCUACCGGUUGUCUUGCUGGGACAGCUUCCCCCUGCCCGUGGGAGCCUGUCUCCUCCCGCGCUCUGCUUUCCCCCGGUUAACACCUCUCCUCUCGGUCUCGCAAAAUCUACAGGCGGUUCAAAGCUUCGGGCUGUUACUGCAGCUGCGUUUCACCGCCUCCUGUGUUCCCUCUUCAUGCCUGCUCCGAGCUUGCAUGGCAGCAGGGAUGGUUAAAGCUGAGCGCUGCUGCCACACACACAUCCUGCGUCGGGAAGGGCAAGGACAAAACCCAACGGGGUGUGCGUGGUCUGUUAUCGGUCUCUUGCGUCUGUGCCUUAUUAGGCUUGUCGGGCCUGUCCCGUCUCUGGAGGUGAACUGUGCCACCAGUUGUGUCCCGGGGACAGUUUUGUUCCCUGCUCAGCAGCUGGGCUGGCCUGUGGUACCCCAGCACGAGUAGAGCCCAUUGGUUUAACUGGGUGGUUUGUUCCCUGGGUAGGAUGAAGCAAAAAAAUCAUCUGUUUGGGACACUGCAAAGAGGUUACGAACAGGGCCAGCCCCCAGUGCUGAGCCUUGUACCUGUUGCCCUUGGAGUAAUCGUAAUUAGUGAAAAAAAUAGCAAUAAAAUCUGUAUCUCCCACUCCCAGUGCUGUAAGCCCUUGAGGAGAGAAUUUGGAUACAGAGUUUCUCCAAAGCAUUUGAGUCACAAAGGGGAUGUUUUGUCAAAAGCCAAACCUGGGCGGCAGCGAGGGAAAACAAACUCUCUCUUUGAGAGCUGCCAUCAGCCUGGAGCACCUUCCUGGGGACGUGGAGCGGCGAUUCUGCCUUUGCGGGGAGCACGGAGGCCGAGUCUCUGCUCCCUGCUCUGCCUUUAGCUUAAACUGGUUUUGUGCUUAAAUUGGUUUUUAACUUGGGCUCACAUAAAGGAGUGAGCUGAGCUCUUCCAAAAUCUGCUAAUCAACACCUCGCCGUGAAAUCUCGCCCAAAGUGCUGCUGUUGCUGUUCUCCCCACCCUCUCGCAUUCGCACCUUUUGCAAAAAUCCAAGCGCGCGGAAGCCGUUGUGUUACUGUCGCUGAGUCAAAUUAACAGAAAGGCUAAAACACAAAGGAUUUAGGAUUGUAGAGGAUGCAAGAAUUAGCUUGUCAAGAGCACCUGCUGAAACCCCAGUUCUGAAGGAAAAGAAAUGGUCCUUUUGAGAUGCUGGGAAAUCACAAGGCAGGGCUCCUGCGAGGCAGCGUGUCCCCGCCGGUGGCUGGCAGCAGGUGUCAGCAGCCGGUGCCGCUGGGCACACACGCUCCUCGCCAACCUGGGUGCAAACCCGCGCUCGGGGCCUUGCAGGAAGGUUGUGCCUUUCCCAGCCUUGCUCUCGCGUGACGGCAUGCCAAGUAACGGAGCAGGAAGCGCUGAAAAGCUGCAGGGUGGCCGGGGUAGAGGGUGGGAUGAAGCCUGCGGCAGCACGGCCACAGCGGGUUGCUCUCCUCUGGCUUUGCGGAUGCUUUCAGAACAGAAACAAUUGCCCCAAAUCGGGGGCCGCAGUGUGAGAUUUGGGAAUCUCUCUCGGUGGCCCGUGUUCUGCCUAUUUUCAGCUCCGUGUAGCUGAGAACGUGGCUCGGUGUUACCUGCAGCCGCGAAACAAGGUGUUGGCUCUAAUUAGAGUGAGGCUAAAUAUGCAGUUAAUCCACUCACAGCUCAAACGCCCACCGGCCCCCCGUGCCGCCUCCCACAUCCCCACAACGCCUUUCCUGCCGCAGCGGGAAGAGGGGGACGGGGACGGGCUGGCGUGGGCUGGGAGCUGAGGACACGGGUGCAGGAUGACAGGGAGUUGUUGCUGGCUCCGUCCCCGCCAGACUCGCUCUGCUUUGCUGAGUGAAAAAGCUACAGAGCGUGCAGGAUCUCUGGUGCGGCUGGGCGCUAGUGCUGAAAUGUUUGGCGAGCGCUGCCAUGCUCCUGCAGAGCUGGGGGUUUCGCCGUUUGAAUUUGAUGUGGUUUUUUUUGUUUUUUCCCCUCAGUUCUCUUCUUUUUGUCAAAGGCGAAGCUGUCUGGCCGGCUCCAGCAAAGCCUUUGAGACUCACGGCUUAGGAAAGACGGAGAUCUUUGUGUCACAACAGGAAUGGGAUUUGUUUGUAAAGCAUGUGGGUGUUGAAAGGUCUGGUUUAUAAAGGAAAAAAAAAAUAAAAUCUGCCAGGGCUAAGAUUGCUUCUGUCUCUGUUGUGGUUACAGCCAAACAGAGCAGGUUUUCUGGUAAGCAAUUUCAUCGCUUAAUUACUGUUCAGUCACAUCCGCAGUUCAGGGCACAGAUUCCUUCAUGGGCAGGAGCUGUUUCACAGAGCAAAGUGGUGCCGGGCUGCUGCUGACCACGGCUGGAAUUUUGUUGGGUGACUCUCGUUUUUCACGGCGAAGCUAAAUGCGUCAGCAGGAGCAGGAUGGGUGGGAGGUGAGCUGUGAGGAGUAAUGCGCUGAAAAGUUGAAGCUCCUUGAGACAGAGGCUGUCUUUGUAUGUUAACGAUGCUUCAACGCCCGGCUGUUGGUUAAAUAAGCAUUACGCCGCUUCAUCCCGAUCUGUCGCUGCUUAUUGCUUAGCGGGGGUUUCUAGGGCUUGGGCUUGCAAGAUGAUGGGUUGUGGGCUUUCUUUAAUGAGACCGGGUGAUCUCCUGGUGGUUUUCCCGCCCUUAAAAUCGGAACAGGUCAACCUUAUUUUUUCCGAGGAGAAUCUGCAAGGUGAAGUCUCGUCCGUGCGUGGUUGUGAGACCGGUUCCUGCUGGAGAAAUGCAUGAACACAAACGCGGUGUGCGGCUCCCAGAGUGGGAUAAGCUCCUUGGCCAAGAGACAGAGAGGAGAGGUGGCUUCGGCAGAGCGCGUCGCUUGGGAACGGCUCCUGUGCUGGAGCAGGGGGAAUGCAAAGCUGCUGUUUACGUGUCCCAGGCUGAAGACCCGCACUGCCUCAGUGACUCAGUGGCUGAAUCAGAUGAGGAGUGUCCUGGUGCCAGGCUCAGACUGCAAGGUGUGCCUGGCGAUGCCAGAAAGGCAGAGCCUUCGCUGUUCCCCUCGGUGCCAGCAGCUCCUGGUGGUGGUUGACACGUAGCAGAUGACUGAUCUGACCAUCUCAGCGCUGGCUGCUGGGAACAGAGAAAUAGCACCUAUGGUGCAUUUUGAGCCAAUUUAAGAGCUUCCUGCCCCUUUACCUUCUCCCCUCCCUUGCGAUACUUCCAUCCCUUCAUCACCUGCACCCCGGUGCUCCGGCUUGCUCGCCCCUCAGGAAGCAGCAGGUCUCAGCAGGGGAAGCUCCACCGGCCUGACCCGUGCUGGAGUCAGCAGGUGGGAAAGGGGCACGGUGGCUUUCCUGGUGGAUCUGCCUUGGUGGAUCUCCUUAGCCAUAACCAGGUGGAUUCCCUGUGGGUUGGCAGUCUGCCCAGCCACGAGGAGCCCCUCUUCCUGGUAGCGGCUUUUCUGCUGCUUGAGUGCUCGUCCCUGUUUACCCCUCGAUUUCCAUAAAGAAGCACCAGCUCCUUCACAUGCAGUCCUGCUGCCCCGUGGAGCGGGGCCUGCCCGCCUGCUGGGUCCUGCUGGCCGAGCGCAGCGUGUGCCAGACCGGCCCCUGCUCCGGGGCGAUUCAUAGCCAUGGUUCAUCCUAGCAGGUCCUUUGGAUGCUUGGUCCAGCAGAGCUCCCUAACCCUUGGGGGAAAUCAAGUAUCUCCACGGAGAAGAACAGCCUGAUUAGGGAUGGACGAGAAAUGCACCCUCUGUGGUCCCGGACGGAGCAGACAUACUCACUGUCUUGGUCUCUCUGCCCAGCUCCUCAUCUCUUGACUUUCUUGCUCCUUCUCUUUGGUAAUUUAAAAAUACUUCUGGAUCUCUGUCUGCCAAGCACCUUGAUGAUAUCACCUUUCCUUUCCAAUCUCUCCUCCUCCUGUAGAAACCAACCUUGCAGGGUUGCAGUUUCCACAGAGACAGAAGUGAAAAUAAUGCGGAGAAAAUGAACUUCAAUUUAAUUCCUCUGAACUUCAGUUCGCUCAAACCGGGAUGCCGGAUUUCAGUCAUGUAAUUCUGUUUGGGACACUUCUGAGCUAGGCUCGGAUUUGCCUGCAAGAAAACAAGAUUUUGUUCUCUAAGUCUUCUUGCAGAGCAGUUAUUUGUACUGUGUCCGGCGGGUGUGGAGUGAAUGGGAAACCUCAGGGAAAACCACAACUCAUUUACGGCUUAAAUGAAAAUUGAAAAAGAGUUGAAAACAAGAUGUGUGAGAUUUCAAAUUUUAUCUUUUAUAAACAACAUUUGUUGCCUGUGGACGAAUGAGUGUAACAGAGGGAUUUAAUCUUUGUAAACAGGAGACAAACGCAUCAAAAUAGACCCUCAGGCGUAUGGCAGGACUUUAAAUCUGACCUGGCUUUGGAGAAGGGGAGAAGAAGAGGCUGGAACAACUUAACCGCUGCCCAGAGUUUUAUUGGCACCAGGAGGUCCGUGAAAGAGACAAAUAGGGGGAUUUGAGGCCUUUGCUCUUUGUAUUUGGUUUUUAUUAGAGCCAUCGGUUUUGAGCGUGCGUUUGCCUGACCAGGUGGGUGCUUGCGGGGCCUGGGAUCUCCUGCACUGUGUUUUCGGACCUCUGCAGCUGGGGGUCUCUCCCAGGCCAGCCUGGCCACCUCCAUGGGCCAGGCAUUAGGCAGUGCCAAGGUGUCGAAGCAUAAUUCGACGGAGAAGAAACAAAAUGGACCGCACUUUAAACGCUAUGAGCCAUGGCACUUCCAGGUUGGUCUGUUAGGUUUGUUCAUUACUGGUUCGGCGUUAGCGAGGCCCUCUUAGCCGUGCAGUUUUUAGAUAUGUUUUUUUUGCGGGGUUACGGAAAGGUCUCCUUUCUCUGCUUGCUGAAAUGUUGCUUCGUCUUUAGGCAUGUUUGGAGGAUUUGCUCACAGCACCCAUUUCACAGCUCUGUUACGGCUCACGUUAGCCCUACACGGACGAGAGUUGCUCUGUGGGAAGGAGCAGGGCACCCCGGGCGUCCUGUGCUGCCGUCAGCUCCUGGACACCAGCAGCAGGAGAACCUGCAGAAGAGAUCAGCGACCAAGAGGACCCGGGCAGCGAGUCCCCGGGCCUGGGUGGAGCUGCCUGCAGGCUCUGAAGGGACACGACCCUAACAGUGUUGUAUGGUGGCAAAUAGCCAUUUGCCGUGGCGAGGAGCCGUUCUGUCAAGCCGACCUUGGCACCAAGGGACAGAAUGCUGGCCGAGGCAGAGAUGCGGGGAUCUGUAGGCUGUAAAUGGGGUCUACAGACUGGAAAGCAGUGGGGCUGCUUCCAAGAGCGGACUUGGAGCUUGUUGAAGGAGUUAGGAGGCAUAUGGGCAAGGUGAGCCUAGUAGGAUCAUCCACCUGGAUCUCCCAAAGGCAUUUGGCAAGGUCUCUCAGCACAGGCUCCUAAAGAAAGGAGGCAGCCCUGGAGUGGGGGGUGAGGCCUUACGGGCAGAAAGCAUUUGCUAAAAGGGAGAAAAGGUAGGAGGCAACAGUCUCUGUAGCAGAAAACACCAGGGAGCUGUGCAGGGACGGCAUUCGGUAUGUUCGGAAAUGACCAGCAAAAGCAGGCAAAUACUGAAGUUUGCUGCCGACACACAGAGCUGUGUGGAUGAAGGCCAACUGCGGAAAGAGACUGGGCAAUAAAAAAGAUGAAAUUCAAAUGUACAUAAAUAUAAAAUGGUGCACAGGGGGAAAAAACAAUUUUAACUCUAUUUAUAAAACAACGGGUUCCGAGUUAAGUGUUACCGUCUGGAAUGUCGGGGUUGUAACGGAUUGUGCUAUGAAAAUGUCAGUUCAGUGGUCAGUAGGCGCCGGGAAAAUAAAUCGCAUGCAAGAAUUACUGGGGGAAAAGAGAGAGGAAAACAGACAAUCGCCAUUUCCUCCAACUGGAGGCAUCGGGGGAAACCACCGGUGCAAGUUGAGGGCUUUGAGGCUGCUUUGGGUGAGAAGGGACCGUUCCUGGAGGGCGCAGAUCUGCGCAGGGCUGCGGAGAGGCGGCUGCAGGCUGCUGUCGCCCAGCCCCAGGGGGUUAAUCCCAGCGGGAGAGGGGACAUGGAGCAGACACACGCUCUGCCUCGUGGAGGUAACCAUCUAUCAGAGGUCCUGUGUUUGCUGAGUCACCUCUGUCCUCCCCUGGCUCCGAUGUGGAGCUCUUGCAGGAAGCUGGUGGCCGACGGGCC